GCGUUGGGGCCGGAGAUGAAAGUUUCGGAUAAAUAAUGGAGUUGUCGUGGUCUCUCCUCUUUCGGUCGUUCAGGAUUCCUCUGCCCUCGCGAUGGCCUCCUCCUCCGUCGCCGCUCUCUUCCUUGGCGUCAUCCUUGCCCUCCUCUGCGCCUCCUCCUACGCCCGUCCCGGCGGCCCCUUCCACCCUUGCAACACCCUCUCCAUCACCUACACCUUCUCCUCCUCCUCCUCUGCCACCGCGGCCGUUCCACACCGCGCCUACCGAUUCGUCUCCAUCUACCGCAUCAUCACCCCGUUCUCCUCCUCCUCCUCCGCCUCCGCCAACGCCUUCGACGACCGCCGCCCGUUGCUCAUCCGACGGCCCGGCUUGCCCCGCCGCGAGGUCGCGGAACCCGCCGCCCUCGGGUUCAGUUCGCUCCACGAGCGCGCCAAGGACAUCCUCGUCGUCGUCGUCGGCCUUCUAUUCGGCGUCGGCUGCGGCGCCCUCACCGCCGCCACCAUGUACCUCGUCUGGUCCCUCGUCGCCAACCGCAACGAGGUCUACGGAUCCGACGGAGAGGGGGGGGAUUACGACGUGGAGAGCCCCAAGAAGGCGGGAUACGUCAAGAUCCCAUCGGCCGAACCUGCCCCGGCCAAAGAAGGGUACGAGGGGAAUUAGGGUUUAGUCGGAUGCAAGAAUUGAUUCGUGUAGUUCAUACAUUGCCUCGAGACUCACGUAAUGGUUGCUGGUACGUAAUGUUCCUUGGACUUGCUUUGGAAGCUGUGUAUUGUCCUGUAAUAAGAGAGAUAGGAGGUAGAUUGUUGUGUUUAUGCUUUGGAAUUGUCGAGAAUUUGCUUCUUUGAUAUAUGAAUUGGCUGCGAUAGGAAGGAAACUUCCUUCGCUUGAUGUCA